AUGAGGAACCAAACAACAAUAACAACUUUCAUCUUGCUCGGAUUAACAGAUGAUCCACAAUUGCAAAUCCUACUUUUCAUCUUUCUAUUUAUCACUUACAUAUUGACUAUAGCAGGCAACCUGAUUAUUAUUAUCCUCACAUUGGUGGACUCACAUCUGAAAACUCCUAUGUACUUUUUUCUGAGAAAUUUUUCAUUCUUAGAAGUCUCAUUUACAACUGCUUGUAUCCCAAGAUUUCUGUACAGUAUGUCAACUGGGGAUAAUACCAUUACAUAUAAUGCUUGUGUAAUUCAAUUAUUUUUUGGUAUUCUCUUUGGAGCAACAGAAUUUUUUCUCCUGGCUGCCAUGUCCUAUGACCGCUAUGUUGCUAUCUGUAAACCCCUUCAUUAUAUGACCAUCAUGAACAAUAGGGUAUGUACCAUAUUCAUUUUUACCUGUUGGGCGUCUGCUUUACUGGUUAUUCUCCCACCACUUAGCAUUGGCCUUGAGCUUGAAUUCUGUAACUCCAAUGCUAUUGAUCACUUUGCCUGUGAUGCAGGCCCUUUCAUAAAGAUCUCAUGUACUGAUACAUGGCUAAUAGAAAUAAUGGUUACCAUUACGGCUGUGGUUACCCUCAUUAUCACACUAGUGUGUGUAAUUCUUUCCUACACAUACAUUAUCAGGACAGUUAUGAGAUUUCCCUCAAUUCAACAAAGAAAAAAAGCCUUUUCUACAUGCUCAUCUCAUAUGAUUGUAGUUUCUAUUGCCUAUGGAAGUUGUAUCUUCAUCUAUGUCAAGCCUUUUGAUAAAGAAGAAUUGGCAAUAAAUAAAGUAGUUUCAGUUCUAAAUAUUUCUGUUGCACCCUUGUUGAAUCCAUUCAUUUAUACCCUACGAAAUAAGCAAGUGAAGCAAGCUUUUAGUCACUCUAUAAAGAGAAUCUCUUUUCUCUCAAAGAAAUAA